AUGACCACACGUCCGCCGACUAUGUCGCGCCGCUCAUUCGCUGCUCCCGAUUCGUCCCAAGUGCGAGCAUUCAACGAUUUCCAGUUGCGCGGCCCCCAUACCUUGCAGCCUGAGUUAUCCGGGCUGGAGUUCCAAACCGAACACUCCACCACCAAGGGCCCUCAGGGGCUUCAGCAGCUGGCCGAGGUCGAUGACAGCUCGACCACCGCCAACGCUACUGGCCAACCAUCGCUUGUUGAGAUGUUCGCUAUCUUCGUGGUCUGCGCGUUCAUUGUACUAUGGAUAGUACGAUCUGCCGCUGAGAGCAUCUUCACUCUUGUUCCCUUUGCCGGCCUGGUAUGGUUGGUGUUCGGUGGGUUCCAGAUACUUGAGCAGCAACAGCAGUCAGCUCAGUCGUCGCCGAUCGUGGAAGACGACGCGUCUUGCGAUGUUUGUACUACUGGAGACAUCGUUCCCUUAAUUGAGGCAACGAUCCUCGACCGACAGACCGCUCAUGAACAGACCAAAAUACCGCGGUGGUUAGCCAGCUUUCAAGACAUGUCUAUGAGCAGCGACCGCUGGAUGUCAUCUCUUGAGAGCGAAGAGAAUCUUUCUUUCGCUGCCGGCAUUGCACCAAGUGUUCAGGGAUCUACGGGGAUGUCUCACACCACCGAAUCCCAGUGCGAAAUCGUCGGAGACGAAGACGCUGUCGAAGCUACUUGCUCCAGUAGUGACCACAUAGCAGCACUUCAGCGUCAGCAUGGCAACCUUGUCUUCAACGACACUGAUCAGUGGGCCCCGGGUGGUCGACUUUACGACCAACGCAUGGCCAACAAUCUCGAGCCUAUCUUUAUUGGUGGUGAUGUUCAGACAUACGAGGAUGUGGACGGAUGGUUUGGACGACCUAUCAAUGCAGACGCACUUGACAUCGAAUUCCUUCUACGCGCUUUGGAGCUGCAGCUUCCGGAAGAUCUGAAAGCAGCGAUUGGAGCCCAGUCUUUAGACACACUCAUCAAGACGCGAUUACAGAAUGGCGAGAAUGCCCUCCUCCAGGAGCUCGAGGCGCAAUGGCUUCUCAUCUGUCCUGGUACUAUCGUCGCGCCCGGUUCGCCCAUCAAGACAUUGCAGGACGUCAAACGCAUCAUCGAGGGGAACCGGAGGAAAUCCACCCCUGCAUGCCACUUUGAUGUACGCCAUUAUGUGGGACUAGAUCACCCAUGCAGACCGUAUCUCACGGAAUAUGAAGAGAUGGAGAUCAAUGAAGGUAUCUCGGACUACAACUUCCGCAACUGGAGCAUCGACUUCAAACCCUCAUUCAUUCGUGAAGCCACAAAGGGCAAGCCAGAGCACGCUUUGCUCGAAAGCUACGAGCGGAUUCCCGACUGGAUGGAAGACAUUGACCAAGGCGACCUACUUGAUCCAAAUGCUUUCCACGAAUGUCCAUGCGGACAGGUUGCCAUGUCAACGCUCGGUAGCUACCGCGACGAAAAGGAGCACAACUACAAGGAAAUGAAAGGUUUCGAAUCGUGCUUCCUGAUCGAAGUCCUCGACGGUAGCGAACUCCACGAUGCCAUGGCUGACCUGGUUCAGUUCCCGGAUUAUCCCGAGCAUGCGACACCACCUCGUUCCCAGGAGAUAGUCCAGGACUGCGAGCUGCAUAAAACGAUCACCAAGAAUAUCUUUGUUCUCGUCGACACAUCAGCCGAGGACAUCAACGAGCGCAUCAGCCGUCCUGGUGGUUUACUUCCUGCUCCAGGAAUUACAUCCUCGGUUUACCCUUCUGGCUUCCAGACUACCAUCGGUUUCUCAGAGAUUCCCUACUGUCUGCUCCCCCCUCGGUGUGAGCACGGUCGCUUGCAUCAGUUUGAGUUUACGCCUCAGACGAUGGCGAGCAGAAUGAUGAACGCGAGUCAGACUGGCUGUACACACUGCUUUCCGCACGGCCACAUUGUUACUCGAUGCCAGGAAUGUCUAGAGCAUUGCUAUGCCCUGGCUGCGCCGCACGGCAUGUGGGGGCAGGUCGAUGCCGCAUAUCAUCCGGCUGUAGACUUUGCUCAAGAGCAACACCAGGCCCACGACUUGGCACAGAAUGUGCAGUCUAGGCGGGCAAAAGCCUUGAUUGCUGGUGCCGCGCGCGCCGCUCCUUAUCCACUCGGUAUGCCCUUCCUUGUUCGUGUCAUUAGAUCUUUGACUGACUUUAAAUCAGUAGUUCGGCAGCAGUAUCCCAACUACCCCAUCAACUCAGACUUUGAGGCUACGAUGCAGCGUGUGAAUUGGCAAUGA